UGCCGUCACUCCCACCUGCACUCUCGACCCACGCUUUCGACACACUCCCGAUUCGUCGCCUUCGUCUUCCUAACAGAAGGAGAGAGAGCAGAGUAAGAGAGGAUGGGGUCGGAGGGGCCGGGGCAUGGGUUCGGAUCCGGGGCGGCGGAGCGGGACAUCGACGAUCUCCCGCCGAACGACGCCAACUACACGGCGCUGACGCCGCUCUGGUUCCUGGAGCGGGCCGCCCUGGCCCAGCCGGACAGGGCGUCCGUCGUGCACGGCCCGGUCCGGUACACCUGGGCCGAGACCUACCGCCGGUGCCGCCGCCUCGCCUCUGCGCUGGCGCGCCGAUCUGUCGGCCACGGCAGCACUGUUGCUGUGAUAGCUCCAAAUGUUCCGGCAGUGUAUGAAGCCCACUUCGGCGUUCCAAUGUCUGGAGCUGUGGUGAACUGCGUAAACAUCCGGUUAAAUGCUGAGACGAUCGCGUUCCUUCUUGACCAUUCCGUGGCAGAAGUUGUGAUGGUGGACCAAGAAUUCUUCACCCUAGCCGAAGAAUCUCUGAAGAUAGUAUCAGAGAAGAAGAAACAGAAUUUUCGGCCUCCAACCCUAAUUGUCAUCGGCGAUCCAACCUGUGAACCUAAGUCUCUACAAUACGCUCUAGGACAAGGGGCCAUCGAGUAUGAGGAGUUCCUGAAAACCGGUGACCCAGAAUUCAAUUGGAAGCCUCCGAAGGAUGAAUGGCAGAGCAUUGCCUUAGGUUACACUUCUGGGACUACUUCAAGCCCAAAAGGUGUCGUGUUGCACCACCGUGGCGCCUACCUCAUGGCGCUCAGUGUUGCUAUGGUGUGGGGAAUGCCUGAAGGGGCUGUUUACCUGUGGACUUUGCCUAUGUUCCAUUGCAAUGGUUGGUGUUACACCUGGGCGCUGGCUGCCUUCUGCGGAACCAGCAUAUGUCUUCGCCAGGUGAGCACAAAGGCUAUAUACACUGGUAUUGCAAAACAAGGAGUGACACAUUUCUGCGCUGCGCCGGUCGUCAUGAACAAUCUCAUAAACGCUCCUGCAAGCGAGACCUUCCUGCCACUCCCCCGUGUGGUCAAUGUCAUGGUGGCCGGAGCCGCCCCGACACCAUCGCUUCUUGCGGCGCUCUCUAUCCGCGGUUUCCGUGUCACCCACACUUACGGCCUGUCUGAGACCUAUGGCCCGUCGACGGUGUGCGCGUGGAAGCCCGAGUGGGACGACCUGCCGCUGGAGGAGCGCUCCCGUCUGCACUGCCGGCAGGGCAUCAGGUACACCGCACUGGAAGGCCUGGACGUGGUUGAUCCCAAGACAAUGGUCCCCGUCCCGGCCGAUGGCAAGUCCUACGGGGAGAUCGUGAUGAGGGGCAACGCCGUGAUGAAGGGCUACCUGAAGAACCCCAAGGCGAACGCCGAGGCGUUCGCGCACGGCUGGUACCACUCCGGCGACCUCGGCGUGAAGCACCCCGACGGUUACGUCGAAGUCAAGGACCGGAUGAAGGACAUCAUCAUCUCCGGCGGGGAGAACAUCAGCACCCUGGAGGUGGAGAAGGUGGUGUACAUGCACCCGGCGGUCCUGGAGGCCUCGGUGGUCGCCAGGGCCGACGAGCGGUGGGGGGAGUCGCCCUGUGCCUUCGUUACCCUCAAGGAAGGGGCCGGUGGCUCCGACGAGGCGGCGCUGGCGAACGACAUCAUGAGGUUCUGCCGGGAAAGGAUGCCGGCCUACUGGGUCCCCAAGUCGGUCGUCUUCGGGCCGUUGCCCAAGACGGCGACGGGGAAGAUCAAGAAGCACGAGCUGAGGGCCAAGGCCAAGGAGCUUGGCCCUGUGAAGAAGAGCAGGAUGUGAGCUCCAAUGCUGAGAUACACAUACGUGUAGUGGACUGUGGACGAUAGCGCCAUCGUGAAUAAAGGUUAUGCUCUGGGUAAAUUCCCAAGUGAAGGCUUGUCUUUAUAAGAAAUUCAAGCACUCGUUUUCUUUCAAGAAAAUACGUACAAGAGGGAGAUAGAACACGAACUCUGCUUCUGUGUUCCGCUGUGUUUUGUUGUUCAGAUAAAGCCCUCAUGGCUUACGCUGUGUAGCCUCUUCUAGUCUUGUGUGAUAGUGCAUAACCAAAUGGAGGCGGUUGUUGUGGUC